AUGUUGAGGCGUCAAAUACGGCUGCGUCGGGAAUAUAUCUAUCGUAAAUCCAUUGAAGAUAAAGAACGAACAAUUCAAGAAAAAAAACAACGCUUGCAGCAAUCAAUUGACAAUAAUGUUCUUAUAACACCAGAAUUGAGGAAAGAUGCCAUCAAACUUCAAGGGAAAAUGGAUUGGGAUACCAGUGGCUGUGAUGGUAUCAUCAAUCACAUGGAUGAUGAAUACAAAUGGGCUGGAGUAGAAGAUCCUCACAUUAUGGUGACAACAUCCAGAGAUCCCAGCUCAAAAUUAAAACAGUUUGCUAAAGAAGUGCGGUUGCUCUUUCCAAACAGCAAGAAGAUCAAUCGUGGUAAUUAUGAAAUUAAACAAUUGAUGGAUGCCUGCCGAGCAAAUAAUGUUACAGAUUUGAUUCUACUUCAUGAGCACAGAGGUGUGCCAGAUGCAAUGACAAUUAGCCACCUGCCUUAUGGACCCACUGCUUAUUUUACUUUAGUGAAUGUCAUCAUGCGACAUGACAUUCCUGAUGUUGGCACUAUGUCUGAAGCUUAUCCACAUCUUAUCUUUCACAAUUUUUCAUCUCGACUUGGAAACCGAGUAAAGAACAUUUUAAAGUAUUUGUAUCCUGUCCCAAAAGAUGAAAGCAAACGAGUGAUCACUUUUUCAAAUUCAGAUGAUUUUAUUUCAUUCAGGCAUCAUGUUUACAAGAAGAAUAUGGAAACAAAGAAAAUAGAACUGACUGAGGUUGGACCACGUUUUGAAUUAAAAUUGUACAAGCUCAUACAAGGAACUGUUGAUAAUGCAGAUACAGCUGAUAUUGAAUGGGUGUUCAGACCGUAUAUGAGAACAGCUGCAAAGAGACAAUUUUUAGCUGGUGACUAA